AGAACUCAUGGACAACCUCGGCCCAAACGUGACCCAUCCCGAAUCAAUAUCUGCGCCGAAGUCUCGACCUUUUCGGCUUUCCCCAUCGACUGAUCUGCAAAUCCAAUUAGGGCAUUUACCCAUAAAACCUUGAAUCCUAAACCCCAUUUCACUCAUCUCCAUCACUGAUUCACUUCCUUUUGCUUUAGCUUUAGAGCCAGAGCCAGGGGAAAACAAUGGCUGAGAUUAGUCAGGCAGACGAAAUUCCUCCAAAUAUGACACUAUACAUCAACAAUCUCAACGAGAAGAUCAAAAUCGACCAGUUGAAGAAGUCAUUGCAUGCUGUGUUUUCACAAUUCGGGAAGAUACUAGAUGUGUUAGCAUUCAAGACUUUGAAACACAAAGGUCAAGCUUGGGUUAUUUUCGAGGAUGUUAGCUCCGCUACCAAUGCUCUUAGGCGAAUGCAAGGCUUUCCCUUCUACGACAAGGAAAUGAGAAUACAAUAUGCAAAGACUAAAUCAGAUAUAAUAGCAAAAGCAGAUGGCACUUUUGUACCCCGAGAGAAGCGGAAGAGGCAUGAAGAAAAGGGAGGGAAAAAACGGAAAGAGCAACUUGAUCCUAAUCAAGCGUCAGCAGGUUUGAAUCCAGCUUAUGCGGGUGCUUAUGGUGCAACACCUCCUCUAUCACAAUUACCCUACCUGGGUGCUAGACCAAUUGUUCCAGAAGCUCCUGCACCACCAAAUAACAUCCUGUUUGUUCAGAAUCUUCCUCAUGAUGCAACCACAAUGAUGCUGCAAAUGCUUUUCAAUCAAUACCCCGGUUUAAAGGAUGUCAGAACAGUGGAAACAAAACCAGGUAUAGCCUUUGUCGAGUAUGAAAAUGAGAUGCAAUCAACCGUCGCUAUGCAGGCACUGCAAGGUUUCAAGAUACAGCAAAACCAGAUGUUGAUUACUUACGCAAAGAAGUAGAUAAAAAAAGACCCAAAGGGUCCUUUUAUGUUGCUUCCAACUUGAGAAGGGCCGAGUGUAUGGGUGGCCAAUUAGAUGCCAAUUGCCAUUCAAAUCUAAUAGCUGUUUUUGUGAUAUAGUAUCUUUAACUAGAACUUGAGAAUUGUAAUUGUAGAUUGUUGAUCAGUUAAUGUUCUGCAACAAUUUCCCUUUUCUACUUGUCUUUUUUAUGCUUACCUCGUUUUGAGUUCAUAUUUUAAGCUUUUGAUUUGACUUUGGAUUA